UUCCACCAGCAACGGUCGCCAUCGUUGUUUGGUGAGGCUUGUUUUUCCAGCAUUUGUGUUUGCUCUCGAUUUGCUCGCUGCAACAGACUUUUCUUCCACAUUCGACUGUGCAAAACUCAAUCAUCUCUGCUGCGAGUAAACAUAAAUGUAAUUGAGAAAAGAGAAGCUUUUUUUGAUCAAUCAAAACGAUGGAUCGUGCAACAACAGUUUCCGAUGCGCUGAAGCGACAACGCUUGCUAGCCGCCCAGGCUAUACGCAAAGCUAACGACAUUAGCCCACAAACGGUGCGCCAGAUCCGUGAGCAUUGUUCUCCCGCAGCGCAGGCUACCGGUGCCACACUGUACGCUUCACCGACGGCGAGCGACAAAACCUCAUCGCCGCAGCAAAAGUCUCUCAACAUAACUGAGCUGGAAGAGGAGAAUACGAUCCAUAUGGCUACCACGCCACGAAAGUUCACAUUUGAGCCGAAAGAAAUUACGGCCCGCUCCACCAUGAGCCAGCAGCAGCAGCAGCAGCAGCAACAGCCGUCAGCGACCGCAACCAUGGGAAAAACAAAUCCGAGCAAAUUCCUAUCCGCUGGCAUUGAGGAAAUACUAGCCUCCAGCUUUGCUGAUAACAUAAGAUGCAUGGGCCUGUCGCUGCGCGAAACGGCCGCUAGCGUGCAUGCAGAUUUCGAAGUUGACGGGCAGUUGGCGAAUUUGAGCCUGCCUCGUACCGCGGACAUGAGCAAGCUGUCGUGUGAUUCACUGUCCUCCCUGCCGUCUGGAGUACGAUCGGGUAUGGGCGGUAAGGAGCGUGGAGCGGGCAAUGGAGAACAGCCGGGUAAAGACCCGUGGGAAAUGUCGCAACCUGCGUUCGAAAGCAGCUGGAUGAAGGACAAAAUUAAUGAGCUAAGUCAGAUGGAAGAGGCCAGCUUUCGGUCCGGGGACCAUAUGGCCUCCAGAUUGCUCGAGGAUGAGAUGGCCUGGGAGCAGGAGAAUGCGGACAUUCCGGAAAUGAACGCUAAACGACGACAGAUUAGCCCGGUCAAGGGUUGCCGUAAGCCACAGCUGAAGGAUCACGUCGACUUUUCCUGCUUUUCCGGCUACCUAGCUCAGGAGGAUGACCUAUCGCGCGCCUACAACGAUAGUGCGAUGCACAACGAAGGCAGCGUUUGCUCCGUGGGCCAUUACUUUAACAAAAUGUCCGACGAUCUGAACGAUAUGGUUGGGGGAGAGAAGAGUCCCCCGCAGCGAAGGCCCUUGCCCUUGAUAGACGUUACUAACGAUACAACAGAGAGCCCUAGAAGUCCUACGAAGGCAUAUGGUGGAUCGAAAGGGGGACAGAGCGCUGGCAGGCAAAACAAGGAGAAUUCAUUGAGUGUCUCGUGUAUCGCUAAGGCUAUAACAUCCAUAGAUCUAGAGGACUCUCCGCACAACUUUAUUCAGAAGCUGAAGCAAGUGCAGCGCACAAAAUCCGACCAUCUCGGCGCUUCCACUGGCCGCGAGGAGCAGAAAAUGUUCGCUGCCCUGCCCAAAGCUAGCAGUGACCUAUCUGCGGGCACUCAAGCGUCGCAGCCCACCCGGCCAAAGCAACCGAGAUGUUCGUCGGUUCAUCCGGCCGAUUCAUUCCAACAGCGCUCCCGACUGGCACCGAAUUACCAGCAGUCCGAUACGCUCAGUUUCUCCGAAUCGAUGUUUGACGAUUCGUCCGCCACAAUGCCCGCGUUGCCACAUUCCAAAACAUCCAGCCCGAAGGCAACGGAAAGCGAAUCCAGCGAACGGUCGUGGCAAAAGGACGAAACCGAACCGAUGACUCCGUUGCAGGACGCGAAGAAGAAAGCGCUGGUCGCCGCCACCGCCGCCGCCGCCGAUACGUUCCGCGUGUCGACGGCCACCAAACUAUCGGAGGAGUACAUGGAUCUUCCGUCGCUACCACGCAUUCAAGAGACACCGCCAGCCUGUCAGAAGAAUAUAUUUGCUGGCGAUCGUCCAAUCGCGAAACCGAACCGCAAGCGCCGUUCGAACUCGACCAGCGACCGCCAGGAGCUGGUGGGUGGUAAGCGAGAAGAGCUGGCGGUCCCUUCCGCGAGCUUACGCUCAAAGUCGCCUUCAAACCGGGCCGAGCUAAAAGCCGUUAGCGCCACCUCCCAUGAGCAACAGGUGCUUCGGGACAAGAAAUGCGGAUCGAAUGUUUCCUACCGAACGACGCCCAAAAUUUCGCACCUACGAAAACCGGUCCCGUCGGAGGUGGCAUUCGUUCCGCGCGACACCUCGCGCAAAUCGUACCUUUCGCCCGAGCCGCGCGCAGCUAGCCGUUCGCCGUACUCAUCGCCGAAGGGAGACCUGGGACGAUCGGCCGAAGGGUACGACGAGGUAGCGGACAAGUACAGUCUGCGAGUGCCCGGAGCGCUGGCAUCCUCCCGCUCGGCUUCACAGUGCUCGGGCAGCACCGAGUGGAUCCAUCGGACGGAAGGAACACUCCCGCUGAAGGCCACGCACAGCGAGCUGUCCUGGGGCAGCACAAGGUUGCGCAAGGCCGAGAAGAAAACGAUGCAGAUUAAAAACACCUCCAGCCGGAAGCUGCUGGUGAAGGCGGUCAUCGUCGGUCCGGGAUUUCAGCUGUGCGGCACGGAACAGAGCGGGCUGCUGACACUCGCGAGCCAGGAAUGUCGCACGAUUACGAUCGAUUUUUGCCCCACCGUUAUUGGGCCGGCCAUCGGAGCGCUCUCGUUCCACCCGCCGAACGAUCUGUACGUCCAGCGGGUGGUCAGCCUGUAUGGGUACGGUGGCGAGGCGUCGAUCAAAAUCGAGGGCAUACAGAAGGGUCCCAGUGGUCCGUUCUUGGAGCUGGGCAGUGCGCGCAAUCUGGGCCGUCCGCUGGAGAAAAGCUUCUCGCUGUACAACAAGGGCAGCCUGCCGGCGUUCGCACGCAUCGGCAUCGACAAGAAGGGGCUCGAUCAGGCACUGCUAGCAACGGCCGUCUACGUCCAACCGCAGCGCACCAUCAUUCCGCCGAACAGUUACGCACACGUUAAGGUUGUGUUCAAACCACGCCGACAGGAAAUUGCCAAAAUCUUGCAAAAGCAGGUCGAAGUACUGUCGAUCACCAAUUUGCACAUCCUCUGGGGCGACGAACCGACGCGCCACCGCAUCCGCAAGAACAUUGCCCUGGCGAAGCAGAACAAGCUGGUCGAUCCGAAGAUGGGUGCGCUGGAGUCGAUCUGCAAUCCGUUCACCGAGGAAGAGGAACUCGAUGGGCUGGACGCGUUCUGCGAGCAUGUGUUCGAUACCAUCCACGAACUGUUUCUCACCUUCCGAGAGUACGAACUGGUGCUGACGGUGGACCGCGCCCUGGACGAUACGAUGCUCGAUCUCUCGAUGGCGGACGGUAACACGACGCUCUUCAAGACAAUGUACGCCUGCUCGGAGGUAGGAUCCUCGCCCCGACUCCCGGGCGACGACAUGAUAACGCCAGCCGUGUCGGCACAGCCGGGCCAGCAGUUGCAUGGAACGGGGCUGCCGGUGGUAACUAGCAGCAGCAGCAGCACCAGCACCGGCAGCACCACCAGCGCGACGGUGGGAAUGCAUAAGCGCGACAGUGGCGAAUCGUGGUCCGUCCGACCGACGGUGCUCGAGUUUUACCCGUCCACCGAGCGUACGAAGCAGUUUGUGAUAAAGAGCAACUUCUACACGGCACAGUACUUUGAGCUAAACUCCAACUAUCGCCAGCUGUUCCGACUGUCGCCGUGCGAGGGCCACAUCCGGCCGGGGCAGGAGGUGGUGGUGAAUGUUUCGCUGCAGCAUCUACAGCCGAUCGUGCCCAUCAGCGGCACCAAUCAGCAGCAACCGUCCAUCUUUGUAGUGGUGUACAUCGAGAACGAAAAGAUCAGCAUUCCCGUGCUGAUACAUUACGGACAUUGAAAGAUGCAUUUUUCCAUGUGGCCAGUGCGAUUUGCAUUUAAGUUUCAGCUAUGUCAGCCCCCGUUCUGCUACGCUCUAUACGAACCAUUAUUGUCGUUUUUGAUUUCAUAUUUAUACACACUUGUUUCGUUGGCAGAGAAAAUUCAGUUUUGCACUCUCCUGCGGCACGAAGUCAUGGCAUUUAGAUAGAAAUAAUUUAACAGUUUUUGAUUACGACUACAAUAAACGCAACGAAACAAUUGACGCUCGCUCCA